CGGAAAUAAUAGUCGGGUUUGUACGAGGAGGGAGGGUGGGGGCUCAAGGGAAGGCAAUUUGCGGAGACGACAAGAAGGGAGGGACAGUAACCUUCUGAGAGAAAAGCAAAAAGCGAAAAGUUAGGGUCCUCAUUGACUGUGGCGAGGAAUCAAACGUACUGACUUGUUUGUGCCAGGAGAUAGACAGUUAAGGAGGGUGAUAAUGUACAGGGAAUGGUUUAUGAGUAGGGGAAUUGAGGUGUGAGCGAGGAGGGAGUAGGGAGGAGGGAGGAGACGAGGCGAGGAUUAAAGCCUGUGGUGUUGUUGGUGGUGAUGAUGAUGCAGGUGGAAGGAUAGAUUCUGUUUUAGAACGCAUGCCAAGAUAGCCGGCUCGAGGAAGCGGUGGGACGAAGGGAGAGAGGAUGGAUAGUAAAGCAGGCCACAAGGUUGAAGCAGCAUGCAAAGUAGCAGUGGCAGUCUUAGCCUUCGGAGCUUCUUACGUGUUCGUGAAAAAGCUCAAGGAUCGAAAGAAGGGUGAAUCUACGCUGUCGUUGAAGGACACCAUGCGUCUCCCACGAUUUGUCGAACCUGUGCGCUACGAUUUGGAAUUGAUCCCCAAUCUUGUCACCUGCAAAUUCGAUGGGAAACUUGCUGUUCGAUUGGAAGUGCUUGAGAAGACCAAUCACAUUGUUUUGAACGCGGCUGACCUGAACAUCUUCGAGAAGUCUGUCUCUCUUCGUACGACAGCAUCGCGACAGGUUCUCUGGCCAACUAAUAUUGAGCUUGUGAAGGAAGACGAGCUGUUAAUCCUUACAUUUGAAGAGACAUUACCCUUAGGAGACGCUCUCCUGUCUAUGGAUUUUCAGGGCACUCUCAAUGACCAGAUGAAAGGAUUCUACAGAAGCACUUACGAGGCCUCUGGAGUUAAGAAGAACAUGGCUGUCACCCAGUUUGAACCUGCUGAUGCGCGACGAUGUUUCCCUUGUUGGGACGAGCCUGCUUACAAGGCCAUCUUCAAGCUUACAGUGCAUGUGCCGCUUGAUAGAGUUGUUCUCUCAAAUAUGCCUGUAUCUUCCGAGGAGGUAAUGGGGAGGAAGAAGGCCGUGUAUUUCGAAGAAUCCCCCAAAAUGUCGACGUACUUAGUAGCAGUUGUCGUCGGAGAGUUUGACUUCGUCGAAGAUACAACAGAAGAUGGUAAGCUAGUGCGAGUUUAUACUGACGUGGGGAAGAAAGACCAGGGUAAAUUUGCCCUGCAGGUCGCUUUGAAGACACUCCCAUUUUACACAAAGUACUUCGGAACAGCAUACCCACUGCCAAAAUUGGAUAUGGUGGCCAUUCCAGACUUUGCAGCAGGGGCUAUGGAAAAUUAUGGAUUGGUCACUUAUCGUGAGGCUGCCUUACUGAUUGAUGAGACACAUUCCACCGCUGCCAACAAACAGAGAGUUGCGAUUGUUGUAGCUCACGAGCUUGCACAUCAGUGGUUUGGAAAUCUCGUUACUAUGGAAUGGUGGACUCAUCUAUGGUUGAACGAGGGGUUCGCUACAUGGGUCAGCUAUCUUGCUGUAGAUCACUUGUUCCCUGAGUGGAGAGUCUGGACACAGUUUGUUGACCAAACUGUAGAAGCUUUCCGACUGGACGGGCUUGUCGAAUCUCAUCCGAUUGAGGUCGAAGUUGGUCAUGUUCGAGAAAUUGACGAGAUCUUUGAUGCUAUAAGCUAUAAGAAGGGUGCGUCCAUCAUUCGUAUGUUGCAGACAUACUUAACUCCUGAUGUCUUUCAGAAAGGACUUGAUCAAUACAUCAAGAAAUUUGCUUACAAUAAUGCUGCUACUGAAGACCUAUGGGGUGUUCUUUCUGACGUAUCUGGAGAACCCGUUAGAGAACUGAUGAACUCAUGGACAUCUCAAAAGGGAUUCCCAGUUCUUACUGCAAAAGUGAAUGGAAACUCUGUCGAGCUAGGGCAAUCUCAGUUCCUCUCAAGUGGAGUUGCCGGAAAGGGCGAGUGGGUUGUGCCAGUGACCGUAGCCGUUGGUUCAUACGAUGUUCAAUCCAGUUAUUUGGUCAGGGGGAAGGUCAGCACUGUACAACUUCCUGGUGCAAGACCCGACGCUUCUAGUGUAACAGAUGGGGAUGAUGUGACAGCCGUGAAUGAGGGGACGAAUUGGGUGAAACUGAAUGUUGGUCAGGCAGGAUUCUACCGAGUGCAAUACGAUGAUGAACUCGCCAAACGUCUUAGAUCUGCCAUAGCAAAUAGCUCCAUCGAAGCUACUGACAGAUUCGGUAUCCUGGAAGAUUCCUAUGCGCUGUGUGCCGCGUGCAAACAGCCUCUUCUCGAUUUGCUCUCACUUAUGGAAGUCUUUAAGAACGAGAGUGAUUACACCGUUCUUUCAUGCUUAAUUGACGUAUCAUAUAGAGUGUACCAAGUAAUCAACGAUGCGCUUCCCAGUGCAGCCAGUGAUACAAAAGUAUUCAUUUCUAGUCUUUUCCAAACUUCGGCCAGGAGGUUGGGAUGGGAUCCUAUUCCAGGAGAGGGCCAUUUGGAUGCAAUGCUAAGAGGGGAACUCAUGUCAGCGCUUGUGUCUUUUGGGCAUGAAGAGUCCAUUGCGGAAGCUAAACGCAGAUUCAGCGCUUACUUAAGCGACAGAAAGACAAGUUUGUUCCCUCCAGACAUUCGUGUGGCUGCAUACAAGGCUGUGAUGCAGAGUGUGAAGAGUUCGGAGAGGUCUGGUUAUGAUGAUUUACUGAAUCUCUAUCGAGAAUCAGAUCUCAGCCAGGAGAAGAAUCGAAUCUUGGGUACUAUUGCGUCCUCCCCGGAUCCAGUCAUGGUGCGCGAAGCAUUGGAUUUCUUGCUCUCAUCCGAGGUACGAACCCAGGACACUAUAUGGAUUCUGAGCGGCAUCGGUGGUGAAGGUCGUGAAGCUUCAUGGGACUGGCUUUCGGCUAACUGGGAAGUUAUAUGGGGCCGCUAUGGAGACACAAGCCUUAUCACCCGCUUUAUCAGCAAAAUCAUCUCUCAGUUUUCGAGCUAUGAAAAAGCGGAUGAAAUCAAGGCCUUCUUUGUCACGAAUUCUCAUCCUGCCAUAGAUCGCACUGUGAGUCAAAGCAUAGAGAGGGUGCGGAUUAUUGCGCAGUGGGUGAACUAUGUUCGAGAGGAGGGCGGCAUCGUUGAACUGGUAAAGAAGCUUGCUGCGGACAGCAAUUGACUUUUCACGUCGUGAAAUCAUGUGCUUGUAAAGAUGGCAUCUGAUUUGUCUGUUGAAUAAGUUCGUGACAAGCAGCCACAUUACUUGUGAACGCUAUAGCUGUUAAGACUCUUCUACAAGUUCAGGCACUGAGAAGGUAUGGCUGUAGAAAACAAUUUGUAUAGUCUAGUCUGUCGGUCACAAGUCGUAGAAUGAAAUACCUGGAACUGGAAUGUACAAAGUUACCAAAGCAUCAAUGCAUCAAAGGUUCCCAAACAGGCCUUUCCAUGAAUAUGAAAAUCACGCAAGUCCUCACU